AUGCCGUCGCUCUCACUUCUCCCUCCUAUGUCGUCGCUCUCACUUCUCCCUCCUAUGCCGUCGCUCUCACUUCUCCCUCCUAUGCCAUCGCUCUCACUUCUCCCUCCUAUGCCGUCGCUCUCACUUCUCCCUCCUAUGCCGUCGCUCUCACUUCUCCCUCCUAUGCCAUCACAGUCACUUCUCCUCCUAUGCCCUCCCACAUCCCCGUCGCACUUCUGCACUGGGCAGAUUUGUGCUGCACCGCGCUGGGGAGCUCUAGGGGCAACGUUCGCGGGCGGCGACGGGCAGAUUUGUGCUGCAGAGUGUGCAGACAACGGGCAGAUUUGUGCUGGAGAUGUGCAGCUGGUGCUGCUGGAGUGUGCUGCCAUUGAUUGGUCUGGUCCGCCUGGCAGCCCCACACGCUAG